AUGCCUGCGCCAGGCGACCAGCACCGCGACAACGCGAACACGAUCAACCCGUUCAUCGACAAGACGCCACACAUCACCGAGUACACCGCACAGGAGAUUGCCACACUUCAGAGUCGGCUAGAUAAGCAGCUGGGUCCGGAAUACAUCUCGACGCGACCGGGCAAUGGAGGAGGGAAGGUGCAUUACUUGGCAGCAGAGAAGGUCAUCAACUUGGCGAAUGAAGUGUUUGGCUUCAAUGGCUGGAGCUCGUCCAUCAUCAACGUCCAGAUCGACUUUGUCGAUGAGAAUCCGACCAAUGGCAAGAUCAACCUCGGCUUGUCGACAAUUGUGCGAGUGACUCUCAAAGAUGGCACAUUCCACGAGGACACAGGGUACGGACACUGUGAAAACACAAAGGGCAAAGCGGCUGCCUUUGAGAAGGCGAAGAAGGAAGCUGCGACAGAUGCCAUGAAGAGAGCGUUACGAAACUUUGGCAAUGUCUUGGGGAACUGCCUCUAUGACAAGGACUAUCUUAGCAAGAUUACCAAGGUCAAAGCGACACCAUCGAGGUGGGACGAGAAGAACUUGCACAGACAUCCGGACUUUGCGCCCAUCAAACAGGAACCUGUCACACAAGUUCCACAGCAGAACAAUACGUCAGCGAUCCAGCGAAACACAAGCGUGCAGUCUGUCCAGUCGGCUGCGUCUUUUGGGUCAGGAGAGUUCGAAGACGACUUCGGUGGCACCACAUUCGAUGAAACAGACUUCAACCACCCGGACGAGGUCAUGCUCGAAGACAGUACAAUUACGAACGGCGCACCAUCACCAGCGAGGCCGGCCGUGCAUGGGCAGAAUCAGAAAGGCCAGCGGCAAGGCGUGCCUAGGACGCACUCGAUGCCACAAAUGAGACCACCCAAUCAACAAAUACCAGCGCAAGGCAACGUACAGCCCCCGGCUCCAGUGCAGGGGCUGCAGGCGCCACAAAGACCACAACCAGUGUCACGACCACCAAUGAUCGCCGGGCAGCCAGCAGCCAGAAUGUUACCGCCACAAACGCCAGGCAAUGCGCAAAGACCCCAGCAAUACAACCAUGGUCAAUUACAGCCAAACCACGAUGGGGUGCGAUCGAACCCGUCUUCGGGCACGAUGAGCGAUUCUCCAUCAAACCAGGCGCCAAGGAUCAUCGGUGUGGCCAAGAACCAACCACAAGGACAUGGACCAAAUGAGCCGACAGACGAGCACGGCUUCCCGAUACCACGCGAACCACCACAAGGCAUACCUUCAGGAUUCGUAACCGGACGCAAGGCUGAAGUGUUCAAUCAACCAGGCGAAGCAAGGCCGACGGAAGGCAACAUAGCAUUCAACCCGCAUGCCGACAGUCCAUCAAUACGGAGGACGCAAGGCAUCAAUCCUGGCAAAUCCGCGCCCAUAAGCCGCGCAGUCUUCAGCAACGGCCAUACACAAUCACCAGCUCAGCAACAACCAGCUGCCGCCGGCAAUGGGUUUCAGAGCGCCGCUAGCAACGGCUUCAAUGGAGCGCAGAGACCUGCCGGCGCCAACUAUAUCAACCCAUCAGCAGACAUGAGUCGGAAGAUUGGUAUGCCCGGUGGCCCUGGAGGCAUGCAGAACAGAUCAGCUUACAGGCCGCCUGCUGCCGUGAAGAGGCCUGCCAUGGCUGAUGUGACGAACACCCAUGGCAUGGACGGCGCAUCGGAUCCGAAGAAGGCGAAGGUCGAUGAUGCAGCGACUGCGAAUGGUGAGAAUGCCGCUGCUAGGGAUCCGAAUGGCGUCACAACAUGA